UCUCGUCUAAUGCCGUUCUGAUCCAGACGUAGAUUCCUUUUGAUUCCAAGGCGAAGAUUCCAUUAUUUCCCCGACAUAGAUCAGAGCCGAGAUCUGCUUGGCCGCCAGGGUGAGCGUCCCCCAAAAGCUACAAUCCAAACGGCAGAAACCUAACUGAAACUAUAGCGCACGAUCAAAUGCCCACUUGGUCGAUUGAUCUUGACCUCGAUGGCUUUGAGCUCGACCCGGAGGAUCUUCACCCCUCAAUCCCCCUUAAGAAGGUCCCGGCCGGUGACGUCUUCGAGGCGGCAAGGGCCGGCGACGUCGACCGCCUCCGCUACCUUCUCGACUCUGGUGUCAACGUGAAUGCUCGCGACCGGUGGGAUUCUGUCGCCCUCUACUAUGCCUGCCUCGCGGGCCACGUCGAGGCAGCUCGGAUGCUCCUGGAGGCCGGUGCGAUCUGCUCGGAGCACACUUUCGACGGGGAUCGCUGCCACUACGCUGCGCUUAAUCUACGCGUUCGCCGACUCCUCAAGGCGUUCGAGGCCCGGCCGCCACCGCUCGCUCCGUUACCGGCUGCACUGAGGGAUACGUUUCUCAGCUGCCCAGCAAAUCGCGUGGCUUAUCUGGAGCAGUGCGAUGAUUUUACCGCCGCUGCCUUGAGGGCUGCAGGUCAGAUUUCAUUUAGUGAGGUAUCUAUCCCUCCAGAUAUCACAUUUUAUGUAGAUGGAAGACCUAUUGAAGCUCAUCGGGUAAUCUUAAGUGCAAGAUCACCCUUUUUUAAGAGAAAAUUUGAGUUAGAUUGGAAAGAGAGAAAAGAAGUGAGAUUCUCCAGCCAGAAGCUAUCUUAUUCUGCUUUGUACAGUCUCAUCCAUUUCUUCUACUCUGAUAGGCUUGAAGUUGCAGUGGAUGAUAUGGAGGAUCUUGCUCGCACAUGCAAAGCCUGCCAAUGUGAAGAACUGCAGAAAAUUGUGCAAAAGGAAUUUAUUCAUCAAAAAUAUGCAGAGUAUAAAUCAUUGAAGGAAGUGGAUAAUUCCCAGAAAAGGUUUAUCUUGCAAGGUUUGUCUUUACCAGAGGAGGAUAGACUUCCUUCUGCUUUGCGUCAAAUUCUACAAACUUCCGUUGUCAAGUCUCUUUACAAACAUACAGAUAGUAAUUUAUAUGAGUUGCACAUGGGCCAGUAUGGUGAUGAUCUUGCUGAUGUUUGUAUAAAAGUAGGAAAAAGAAUUUUUCGCUGUCACCAAGUUAUACUGGCAUCCAGGUCAGAGUAUUUUAAGGCUAGGUUGUCUCGCAUGACAGAUUUCCUGGAAAAUAAUGAUUGCCUAUCAAGCUCUUCCGUUCCAUUUUUGGAGGAGCAUGAAUUAAGUACAGAGGUGUUUGAGAAGAUGAUAGAAUACAUGUACACCGAUGGCUUGACGGAUGUGGAUCCUGAUCAGGCAGAAGAAAUGUUUGAUGCUGCUUCAAGAUACUUGUUGUUUUCUCUUAAGCGAGCUGUUGCCGAUGCAUUGUUAUCUCACUUGGAAAUGGCAUCUCCUGCAGAACUCUGUAACUGGGUGAUAUUAUCUGACAUGUACGGGGUCAUGAAGAUUAGAGAGUACUGUUUAGAUAUCAUGGCAUGCAACUUUGAGACAUUUGCCGAGACGCAAGAAUUUAGGGCGAUGCUGUUGACCCUUCCUCCACCUUCUGGAGACUCCUCUCUUCGUACCACGCGCCCUAGUGCUCCUGGGUCCAUAGAUUACUCCGGUCAAGCCAAUCUUCUUGAUGACUUGCGAGAGAAGUGGCUUGAGGCUGAGGGUGCAGAACUUGAUAAGAGAGAUGACAGUGCAGUUCAAUUUGAUAAGCGUCUUGAGAUGCUUAUGCUCAUGGCAGAGAAUGAGGUCGGUGAUAUCCAUUGUUAUUUUGUUGAUAAGGUACCCAAUCUUUGAAAUUGAAUCCUUCUGUUUUAUGUUUCCUUUUCACGAUUAUAAUCAGGUUAAAUCAUUCUGAUGCUUUUCGCAUCAGAAAAGUUUAAGCAGAGUAUUGUUGCAGAACAUCAGUCCAUGCCGCGGGAAGGCUCUUAGGUAUGUCUGUUGUUUUGUGUUUGUGACGAUUUUGUCGGGCACGUACUGCAACUGGAAUAUUGAAUGUAAAAACGUCUUAUAGAGCACUACGUGCUUUUAUGUGAUGUAUAUAAAAUUAUCAUAGUUCGAUGGGAAAA